UUUUCUAGACUGUGGCCAGAACACGUUUUCUUCAUCAGUGUCAUUCCAAGCUUGUGAUACGGAACAAAGUAAACUAUGGUGCUUCAGUACAUCAAGUGUUGUACAUCAAGUUAAAAGAGUUCAUGCAACCACCUCCAAUGUUCAAUGGAAAUCAAAGCCACAACCAUGUGCGUGAGAGGCGAACAUACCAGUCUCGGAUCCUACGCAUACAAUUAUUGCUGUCUCUACCCACACGCCAACAUGUGAUGCCAUUAUCUGACACAUAUCCACCCUUCAAUGGAUCUCAAGACGUGACAUUCUAUCUUUACACGCAAAACAACCCGGUGACGCCUGAGUUUAUCAAAUUGGACGAUGAUUCUACCUCCCCAAGCUUUAAUCCAAAGAACCCGACGCGGCUGGCAAUCCACGGCGGCAGAACCAGUGUUCAAAGUAUUCUGCGUUUUAGAGAAGGUUACUUGUCCACGGGCGUCGAGCUGAACGUGAUCCUCGUGGACUGGUCGGGGCUGGCCGCCGCCGAAGAGUCCGUCGGGGUGUUGAGUGCCGUGCAAGUCGGGGACUACAUCGGCCAGCUGCUCAACCACCUGGUCUCCGCGCGCGGCCUCGACCCGGACGACCUGGUCAUCCUCGGCCACAGCAUGGGCGGCCACGUGGCGGCCAUCGCCGGCAACAGGCUCGGCGGGGGACUGGCGUCGGAAGUUGUCGCGUUGGAUCCCGCCAGCGACAUCUUCGACGCCUUCCCGCUGGAGAACCAGCUGGACCCGUCGGACGCCAAGUUCGUGCAAGUGAUCCACACGCACGGGGGCGGCUUGGGGGCGCUGGAGAGUAGGGGCCACGCCGACUUCUUCCCCAACGGCGGCUCGCUGCAACCCGGCUGCUCCAACGGUCAGCCUCGCUCGGCACUGCGCUCUUCUUAA